AUGCAGCAUCAGACGGGCCUCAUGGAGAGUUCUUUCGACAUCUUGAUGAAGGUGGGCGAUGGAGCAUUCGGAGAAGUGUUUAAAGGGAUAGACCGGCGAACGAACGAGAUCUGCGCCAUCAAGAUCGUCGACCUGGAAGCUGCAGAAGACGAGAUUGACGACGUCCAGAAAGAGAUCGCGGUGUUGUCCCAGUGUUCUUGCGCCCAAUUGACCAAGUACAUGGGUUCAUUCAUCGUCGGAACAAAGCUUUGGAUCAUCAUGGAGUACCUUGCUGGUGGGUCGGUCCUCGAUCUCAUGGCUCCGGGACCGCUGAACGAAGUGUACAUUGCAAUCAUCCUUCACGAACUUCUCAAGGGGUUGGCGUAUUUGCAUUCAGAGAAAAAGAUUCACCGCGACGUGAAAGCUGCCAACAUCUUGCUUGCAAGCGACGGCAGGGUCAAACUGGCCGACUUUGGGGUGACGGGUCAGUUGACGGACACCAUGACCAAGCGGAACACCGUGGUGGGCACUCCGUUUUGGAUGGCCCCAGAAGUGAUCCAGCAAAACAAUUACGACUUCAAGGCGGACAUUUGGUCGGUGGGCAUCACAGCGAUCGAAAUGGCGUUGGGCGAACCCCCGCACGCGUCCUUGCAUCCGAUGAAAGUACUGUUUGUGAUUCCAAAGAACCCCCCGCCAACACUCGAAGGCGACUUCAGUCCCAAGUUUAAAGACUUUGUCUCGUGCUGCCUGGUCAAAGAUGCCGCCGCCCGCCCGACGGCGCUCGAGUUGCUGCAGCAUCCGUUCAUCAAAGCAAAGUCGGACAAGGACGUGUCAUACCUCACCGAACUCAUCGAGCGAGCCCAACUUGGAACGAGCGACCUGCCGGUAGAACCCACCAGUACCAUCACAACCACCAGCACCACCAGCCUUCUCCCAGUCGACUCGACCACGUCGGACCUCGCCGACGCCGUGGAUUCGGGAUGGGACUUUGGCGCCACCGUCCGCUUGAGCAAGGACGCCAUGUCGCCUAAAAAGUCCACCGUGCAGAGUGUAUUUCAAGACGACACCGCAUUCUCCGACGACUUUGGCGAGAGCUUGUUUGACGAUGUGCUGAAACCCGCCGUGUUUGAAACCGUGCAAGGGACGGACGACGGCAACGCGCAGGACCUGCUGCUCGAGCUGCUGCAUACGCUGGAGUCGCUGAGCUUUGACCAGCCCCACGUGCUAGGCCAGGUGCUCGAGCGAAUAAAUGGAGCGCUCGCCAAACACCCCGACCCCCGCCUUCGACAGUUUCACCACGAAUGAAAAUACAAUGGGUUAAUUGUUA